AUGGCUGACGUGAUAGGAAAGAAAGUCGCGGUUAUCCUUGGUGUAGUGCUGUCACUUGGAGUUAUAGUGUUGACAGUGGUCCUGUGUGGGGCAUUCUUCUUCUUUCGACCCUCCUCAGGACAGACAGGGAACCAACAGCUCAAACAGGGUUCCAAAAAUGACAGUCAUAUACAAAACACGACUUCCGGACCAAUUGCCGUAGAUACAACACAAUCAGGUUACAGUGUGUCGUUUUUGCCCGGGAAAGUCGUCGGUCACGUGACGUUUCCACUUCUCACAGAAACUUCUGGUAUAUGCGCGAGUCGCCGGUACAAAGAUGUUCUGUACACACAUAACGAUUCAGGGGGUUUGAACAGGAUAUUCGCUCUUAACGGUACUUCCGGCGAUCAUCUACUCACUAUUUACAUAGAGGGCGCCACGCAUCAAGACUGGGAAGAUAUAGCGUACGGCCCCUGCGGUACCAGCAGCAGUGCAGGCGGCUACUGCAUAUUCGUUGCGGACACCGGAGGAAACGCAGGCGGUCUCGCCAACACCAUUUUCCGUAUUGCGGAGCCGCAGGUUGACUUUUCGCUGAAUAUCGGCAGUGAACUUAAUGUGCCACUGGAUUCAACUCUUAAAUUCAGCUGGGACCAGUAUGAUUGUGAAACUAUCAUGGUAGACGAACAGGGCGAAGUUUACGUCAUUUCAAAGGUCAUGUCCUGGAACCAGCCAAAACUCGCACACCUUCCUCGUCACGCCUGGGGAACCAAUCAGCGCGUGAAUGUGAGCAUGGGCGUGUUCCUGCCCGAGUUGACGUCAAACAGAGAUAAUCCAACUGCCGGCGAUAUUUCUCCUGACGGAACUGAGGUUUUGUUGAAGACCUACCAGCAGGUCCUGUACUGGCACGUGCCUGAUCGGGACUACUUCCGGCACAUGGCAAGACGGCCUGCAGUGCUUCUCUACAUCCGGGAGCGACAGGGGGAAGCCGUCUGUUGGGAUGCUGCUAGCACCGGAUAUUACACGCUUGGGGAGGACGUUAACGCGACGCUGUACUAUUAUAGGCGUGUUGGAUGA